CUGGUUAACGAAAUUCAAUAAAACAUUUAUGUUCAAGUAAAUUGAAUAAUUUUAUUGCACAUAUAAAGUUAUAUGAUAAAAAACAUUACAAUAAAAAUGGAAAAUUGAAGCGACAGCAACGCUAUGACUUUAAGCACUGUCCUUAUACUACUUGUCAUUUUGUCAUGCCAUGAAGCCGUAAAAGGUCACUUUGUAAAUACAAUUUCGGCAAAAUACAAAAAAGAUUUAAUUGAAAUAAUAAAAGCUUUGAAUGGUGAAAAGAUAGAAAAGAUUAAAGAUAAAACUAAAACUAUUAUAAAUAAAGAAAAUUUAGAAAAUUCCGACGAGUUAACCGAUGGUGAAAAAGAAAAGAAGUUACAAGAUAUAUUACGGUUAUUGAAGACGAGUUAUAGUCGAGAAAAACAUUAUGUCAAUCUGCUGAAUCCAGCACAUUCUGGCGCGAGACUUUAUUUUAUAAAGAAUCCAGAAGUUCUAGACGAAUACAGAAAUUACUUGAGAAGGAAAAAGAUUCUUCCACUCAGCUCUGAAGAAGUUGAUUACGACAGUGGUGAUCGCAGAAAGUCACUGGAAUCAAAAAGGCGCGCAGAAUUACAAACAGCAUCAACAGAGCUAUCAGAAGCAAACGAUUUCGACAGAGCUGACUCACAAGAUGAUAAAGAACCAAUAAACGAGAAAUUACUUGAAACAACACAAACACUCCUGUCAGAUUAUGUUCAAGACAAACAAUCACAAAUCACUGACGACUUAAUACAAAAACCACCAAAGAGAAUUGAUUUAAAAGAAGUAGUCAAAGAUAUACUAUCUAAAUCACACGAUGAAAUAAAAGUAGAUUCUUUCGAAGCACAGAAUGAUAAGUCAGGUGAUUUAGUUAGAAGAGAGAAAAUAGAAUGGGCUGAUUCGAAUGACAAAUUUGAUAAAUAUGUAUCCAAAGAAAAUAUUAAAAUCGAGAAACCUUUUAAAUCUACGAAAAAGAAACACAAAAAUUCAAACGAUAGGAGAGAGAAGAGAGUGUAUGAUGAUCCUGUGACAGAAAGAGAAGUUCACUACAAACCCAAGCCUAAAGUUAACUAUAGGAAGCCUAAAAGCGAUGGCAAGAAGGAUUAUUUCAGCUACGGACGUACGUCCAUACCGUUUAUCGGUAAAAAGGGUAUUUAUGAAGAUAAAUAAUUGAAUUAA